CGACGAGAUGCGCACCGGAUGUUCGCUGCUGGUGGCUGUGUUGGCUGUGCUGCUAGGCAGCAGCACGGCCUAUUUCAAGCCAGACCUUCAAUCCGCCUACAACUUCACCGUUCUCAAGACGUACAACAAGUCGACGCUGUACCGCAUUGAAGCCAACUCCAGUUACGACAACGCGCCCCUCCUCGUCGACCUGCAUGGUAGCCGCUAUGAAAUGGGCUAUGCUUAUGGUGCCAUGAUGGCCGAUGAAGUCAUGUUCGUCUACAACGCCUUUCUCGACUCCCUGUUGAGCUCAUUCAUCAACAGCACCAUGGGUCUUGAUGUUGCCAAGGACAUUAUCGGUGCCAUCUGUGAUUGGCAGGCCAAGCGCGACCUCUUUACCGAACUCCCUGCAGUUUACCAACAGGAACUCGCCGGUAUCACCGCUGCUGGCAACGAUCACGGACAGCCCGACCUGGGCAAAGCCAUCGAGCGCGUCCUGGUCCUAGCCAACAUGCCUGGUGACAUUCCCGACUUUAUCUACGUUCUCAUCCGAGAGUACUUUGGCGAUGCCGUCGCGGACGCCAUUGGCAAACCCGUUCCCAGUCACGUGGCCUUCCGCGGCCGUAACCUGGACUGGACCAAGGAUAGCGGCAUGAACCGCUACAAGCUUGUCACGGUCUUCCACCCCGAGGAUGGCUUUGCGCAUGCUACCGUUGGCUUUGCGCCCAUGUGGGGUGCCAUCACUGGUAUGUCUUCCCAGGGCAUCACGGUGCACGAGGCCAACCUCGAGGAGAACCGCAUCACCUUUGACGGCUUCCCAUGGGCGCUUCGUCUGCGCUAUAUCAUGGAAAAUGCCCGCAACCUGACCGAGGCCAAAGCCCUCUGGGAGGCCACCAACAACACUGUUGGUUUUAAUCACAUGGUGGGAAGUGCUUCUGACUCUCUCAUCCAAGGCCGCCCUGCUGCUCUGGUUAUGGAGACCAUGCACAACUACACGGCCUUCUUCCACGACAACGAUCCUCGCGAGAUCAACGCCACGAUUGAUAUUAAGAACAAGACUUAUGUCAUUGGCGAGGCGAUUCCUGAUGCUGUCUGGCGCACCAACCAUGGCUACGACCCUGAAAUCCGUGAGCACUUUGAGUGGAGCAUGUCACCCUCCUCGAGCACCGUCUUCCGUUACUUUAUCAUCCAUGACGCUCUGAAGCAGUAUGAGGCUGAAGGCCAAGAGAUUUCCUUGGCCCAAAUGGUGAACAUUACGGCUGUUGUAGGUAACAAGGGCGAUACGCGCGACGAAUUUUACACGUGUGCCGACACCACGGCUGGCUCGAACGUGGUUUCCGUGGCCUUUGCCCCCAACUCGCUUACCAUGGCGGCGGCUUGGGAGCGAAGCACUGGUGACAACUGGCGCCCAGCGAGCUGCUCGACUUAUAUCGAGCUGAACAUGAACAUUUGGUUUUGAAGCCAAUCCAUGUAGCACUCGACCUUGCUCUUUGCUUCUUUUUGGUUUAUGUUUUCGAGCGCUAGUCUCCGCGCUCUUCGACUCGUUGAUGAUACGAAAUUGAGCUUGACAC